CAAAAACAACAACAGCGACAACGACAACGAGAAGAGUAAGAGCAAGAAAACUAAAGGCAAACGGAAAAGCAAAAGGCAGAGCAAUUGUGUUCAAGUGAAUUGCAAUAAUUUGUGUCGGCUGGCCAGAUGUGUUUAAUAAAUGAUUGCGAUUGCGCCAGUUGUAUAUUAUUAUGGCCUUGUUGAAUAAACUGUUCUUUCCGUCGGUACCAACACCACCAGCCGCAGCAGCAGCACCACCCACGCAAGCGACGCCAACGGCAGCAUAUUGCGCUGCAAUCCAAACAACAACCCCAACAACAGCGCAGCCGACGCUAAAUUAUGGCCAAACAACAGUAGCGGAGGCGGCAUCACGUACUCACGCCUCAGCCGGCAACAAUAGUUCGGCGUCCGCAAAAGCUACGCAAACAUCCAGAAAUUAUCUAAGCCAAUUCCCCUUCGAUGGUAGCCAGGUGCGCGUGCUGCUGUACAAAGAGGACGACAGCCAUGGCAGACGGCUGCUCUUCGACUCGCAUGCGCUGCAGAAGGUGAUGCUGAAGGAAUCAAGCCAGUGCAGCAACCGCAGUGGGGGGAAAUUCCUCAAGAACGACAAAUUCACAUCGCUGCAGAAUGGCAAGAUCCAGGCCAAAGCACAUUCCGGCAGCAGCAACGGCAGCAACUUUAUCGAAGUCUGUGCCGAGUAUGGCUACAAGCACAAUCGUCCAACUGGCGCAGAUCUUACGCCCAUUGGCGAGAUGGUCUUCGGCUCGCUGGCCAUGUCCUUUUGUGGCACGGCGCUCAAGGUGCACUGGCUGCCACAGCCAGCCAGGAUACUGUGUUCCCAAGUGUAUCUGACGCCCUCGGCGAGCGGUGCGUCAGGUGGCGCGGGUGCGGGCAGCCAGUCACCCUAUUCCACGGUCUCCAUGAACAGCCUGACGCCUCGCAGCUCCAUUUGCAGCGAGCACGGCUCCAUGGACGGCCUGUCCAUGAACUCCUUCUCCAUGCCGUUCAGCGUUAGCGUGGGCAGGCAUAUGAGUCUGACGCCGCCACUGGACGUGCCCGCGCCCGAUCAGCAGUCGCUGUCCAUUGCGGACAGCGGACCACGCUUCUCCUCCACGUACAGCAACGCCACCGACUCGGGCUACUCGGCCAGCGCCAGUGGCAGCGGUACAGGCGGCCCCUAUUCCAGUGGGGAUCAGUGGUCGUAUCAGUAUUCCACGCGCAGCAGCCUUGGCAGCGUCCUCUCCGAUCCGUCGGAUGCGAUGCGCAAGCUCAGCCUCGACGACUGGGCCUUCUAUGCCAGCUCGCCCCAUCUGGAUGAGUUUGCCAGCGAUGGCUGCCUGCAGCGCCGAAUCUCUCGCAAUCUGCGCACCUCCUUCGAGAACGAGCAUUCCAAGAACGACUUCAUCGGCUUCUUCAGCGACAACUAUGCCGCGACCACGGGUCAGGCAAACGGCAAUCGGCCAGCGGGAGCUGCCAACGGCACUGGCGGCAGUGAAGGCGGAGGCAUGGCUCCACCCCAGUACAGGCGGGCGAGCUACUGUGCGAACGAGUCGCGCAGUAAUCCGGAGAUGGGUUGCCGGCCGGCGAAUUUGAAACGGAGACCGAGGCUUGGCCUGGCUGUGUGCAUUACGAUGAGCGAAUCCUUCGAGGAGGAGAUGGAACUGUUCUGCAGCGAGCAUAUCGCACUGCUGGAGUCGAUGCUGAGUCGGUUGAGGGCAAGCACGGAGCACGCAUACAUCAAUUACAAGAACUUUCUGCAGAUCAUGUUCCAGGCCUGGCAGGAUGCGCAGCAAUGGUUCAGCGAUCUGUUUACGGCACCCCGCAUCAAGACGCCCGUCUGGCUGAGCAUUACGACCAGCGGCAGCAAAUACUCCAAGACUGUGGCCGAGCGAUUCAUCAAGGAGCUCUGCGAUCUGCUCUCCUUCGCCGACACCAAAGACUCCAAUUUCUUCAUCAGCACCAUGUUGACUGGCAUACUCACCUACCAUCUGGGCUGGGUGGCCACCGUGUCCGCCUUCAAUAGCUCACGCUCGCGUCGCUCCAGCGCCUCCGCCUCCGCGGCGGCCAUUGAGCAAAGGGCGAAGCUGUUGCAGGUCUCGCAAAAGCAUCCGUAUAAUGCGCUGUGGGCACAACUGGGUGAUCUGUAUGGCGCCAUUGGCAUGCCGCCCAGGUUGGCGCGCACCAUCAUCUGUGGCUCGGAGAAAAUGUGGGUGGAGAAGCUGCUGAACGUGCUCACGUAUUUUAUACGCUGCAGCGAAGUGCGGCGUGCAGCCAAGCGGGAGGACUUCAACAAGCAGCUCAUCAAUGAGUUGGUCGUCAGCCAGAGCAAUCAGGAGCGGUAUAAGAGUCCGCCCACGCUGCGAAGACGCGCGGCUGGAGCUGGUGCCGGGCUCACUCGCACCAGCACCUGCAAGCAGAAUCUGAAUGCGAUUGUGGACGAUGCCGACUUGGAGCUGCAGCAGCUGGACGAGCUGCACAGCGCCGAGGAUGAGGAGCUGGACGGACUGCAGCAGGACGAUACCCAGUUCAUUGGCACCUUGAAGAAGAAUGAGAUUCCCAAUGUGCUGGCAUUUCGCGACUCGCACUUUGUGCAACAGGAGCUGCGCAUUGGCAACUACCUUAUGGACACGGGCAUCGAUAAGAAGACCAUGCUCGCCCGCCAGGCUCAGCAGUAUCUGCGCACCGGCAAGGAUGGACGCAUACGAUUGACGGUGACGACGCCAGAGAACGUUGAGCUGUGCAUGGAGGACGACUCGAAUGCCGGCUCUGUCGGCACCGGUGGCAGCAUCGACGAUGGCGCCAUCGAGGCUCUGGAGUUUGACGAGAGCCGAGCAGCCACAACACCAGCAGCAGUAGAAAAGGAGCCGGGCAAGAGGAACUUCUUUUGGAACAUUGUGCCCACGGCUGGAGUGAAGGAGGGACUCAGUCUCAGUGAUCUGCAGCAGGGCGCGAAGAUCAUUAACCAAAAGCUGGAGCGGCGCUGCAGCAGCUACUCCGUGGAGAGCGACGCCUUGCCCGGUGGAAAUGUUCCGGUAGAGCCAGUUGGCCAGGAUCGACGAGUCUCGCAUUUGUCGCUCUCGUAUCUAAUCACACAGAAUAGCAUGGGCAAGAGCGAUCGCAUGACAUGGGGCAUUGAGCCCAUCAAGGAGAAUGUCAGUCUCGAGGAGCAAAUCCACUUUGAUCUCUCCCAGAAACUCAUCGAACGGGACCACGGCAUUUGCCGCCAGACCACAACGGACAAUGGCAACGGCGUUGUCUUUGUCCUAGGUGAUAAUGAGCCGCUGAUCAAUCUGAAGAAGAGCAACGAGGAUCUCACAGAUGAUGCAAAGCCAGCAAUGCUGUGCGCCCAGCAUCAGCACACCCAUAACGCCUCCAUGGCCAACAAGAAAAACUCGGGCAUACAGUUCAAUUUCGCUACAUAUCCGCAGAUUGUGACCAACUACAUGAAGAGCAAGAAUCUGGUCAUGUCCAACUAUGAUCUGUUGAUGGAUAAGGCCAGCAAGCUGGAGGCCAAUGAGUCGUUGAAGUCCAGCGACAGCACGGUCACUCUCCACCAGCAACAGGAGCAACAAUUGCAGAAACAGCAGCAGCAGCAUCAAGCGGAACUGGCGGCCAGCAGCAGCUCAGCCACAGUGGUGGGCAGCGACCGUUGCAUAUUGUGCAACAGUGGUGGCACCUACCAGACGCCGUCCAAUGCCACUGAGCUGGAGUUCGAAACGGAUGAGGUGCACUGCUAUAACGAGAGCAGCAACAACAGCUCCGCUGUUCUGCAGUCUGUCAAUUCGGCUGCCUCUAUAGAUACGCUGAAAUCGAUGCCGGAGCCUCCAAGUACGCCCAGCUAUACGAGACGAGCGCAGCCCAAACGUGUGCCCUCCCAGCGCAGCUCCGUCUCCUCGGUGGCUGCCAAGUGUGCGGCUGUCAAUGAGUCCCAGCACCUUUUGAAGCUGCCCGUGCCGGGUAUCAAGGAGCUGCCUCAGGAGGAUGAGCCACCGGGCGACAAGUUGCGCGCCGGUUUCAUUCCAUCGCUGAUGCUGAGCGUGAACGAUCACUACGUCUCCGAUAUGGUGCUGCAGGGCACCUGUGCUGCGCCCUGUAAGUGGGAAAUGAAUCUACGCGAGGAUCUGGCGCUGGCCGCACGUUCCGCCUCACUCAUCUCACAGCCAGCGGAGAAUAUCGCCAUUGUGGCGGACAUGGACAAGUGGGAUGUACGCCUAAUCUCUUCACAGGCACAGCAGUUUCCGUAUGCCGGUGGCCAGAGUUCCCCGGUGGGCAUGUCCCAGCUGGUUUCCAGCAUGCUAGAAGCUGUGCAGGCCAUGCACGCAGGAGGCAUACCCGCCUACGAGUGCCUAUCAUUUCUGGAGUCCAAGUUGCAGGAGAUCUAUAUGCAGUCUGAGACUCUAGCCGCCUUUCUGCUGGAAACAGAUCCCUGCCGGCUGGGGGACAUAACAACUCCGCUGCAGCUCUCGGAGAAUGAUAUACCACUGCUGCUGUCUAUCGCCUACAUUCAUACGCCGAAGAUUAGCCGUAAAUGCGGCAUCAGCUUCAGAUGACAAUCACGCCGAAGCAAGCCCAAUCAUUGCCAAAACUUAUCUAGUAUAACAAGCAUCCAUCAUCAAACAUCAUCAUCUCACACACCAUCCAAAACGAAACAAGCAAAUACUCCAGCGAAUUUUCUUUUCACUGACUUUGUGAUAUAUAUUUAUAUGAUUAAAAUAGCGUGUAGGAAAAGCAGGUUACAUUUAGUUUGGGUCUUAGGUACGGCAGCUUAACAUAACAAACAAAAACAAUGAAACACUCAUACAAUAUAUUGUAGAAACACUCACACACCCAACACAUCGAUCAUCGCAUAAAGAACAUUUAAUAACAUUUAUAGCUAUAUAUACCAUACAACGUUUUAAUUUAGGGAACCCACUCAUCGCAGUCACAUGAAGAAGUAUUGUAAAUUAUUUGAUCUAGAUUUAGUUAGCGUGAUUAUAUGUUCACGAUUUAGUAGCACUCCAGUCUGUUAUCGAUCGAUCGAUCGAUCGAUAGACCGACCGACCGACCACUGUAUCAUGUGCUCGAGCUAUGCGUAGUGUUUGUAUUAGAUUUAAUAAUUUAUGACAGCAAUAAUCUAUUAAUUGAUUUAAUUAUAUUAUACCACCAUACAAUAGACGUAUAAAUAAGUUUAUACUGAAAUCAAGUGUGGGGGCAUCGGCUAGCAUUCGGGAAUUAACUGUAUACGUAAGCAAUGAAAAAGUUUGUAUAAAUAUUUUUGAAAGAAAUAACAAAUUACAAAAAC